AUGACCAUCGUGAAAGACACCGACUCGCCACUUGUUGUUGUCGUGGGCGGGACCGGGGCUCAAGGCGGCAGCGUUGUGCUUGCCCUUUUGGAAUCCGACAAGUCAUACCGCAUUCGCACAUUUACUCGCGACACUGCCAAACCCUCUUCGAUGGCGCUGUCCAGGCAUGGCGUCGAAGUUGUCGGCCUGUCUUUGACAGCUGACAACAAGGAGGCGGUUUUUGCGGCAUUCGAAGGCGCGGACUAUGCCUUUUUGCUCACCAAUUGGGCGGAGCAUUUCGAUCCGGGUCGGGAAACGGCGGAAGGUAAACUCAUGAUCGACGCAGCGAAGGCUGCCGGAGUUAAGGGCAUCGUCUGGUCAGGUCUUCCCAGUAUGGCCUCUCUGUCGCGCAGCAAGUACACACAAGUUUGCCAUUUCAAAAGCAAGGUUCUCGUGUCAGAAUACGGUCGGGCAUCGGGCGUCCCCUUCGUUGUCCUCCAAGCAGGAGGCUAUGCGAGCAAUAUGUGCACGAUAAUGCGCCCGCGGAAGGUCGCGCCAGAUGUCUGGGCAGUCAGCCUCCCCAUUUCGCCUUCAGCGCGAAUACCGCUCAUCGAUGCCCACCACGACUAUGGGCUCUUUGUGCGCAAGGCGAUCGAAGCGACUGUGUUCCCCGAUAAGCAGACGUGGGCGGUGUUUGCAGAGAUGCUGAGCAGCGAGGACCAGACUACACUGAAGACGCCGUUCAGCUUGGAAAUUGUCUAGGGCAUAGGGUAAGGACAUGGAGAGAUUAUGUACAGAUGCAAGUCUGGGAUAACGUCUUUGAUGCAUAA